CACGACACGCGACCACCUGGCACAGCAAGAACAGGAGCGGGAAACGCUGGCUACUUCGCGGUAGUCUUUGCAGAGCAAUCGCUACGGGGUGCCGCCCCUAGCAGCCCACACCAUGGCCGAGGGAGCGAAGACAAGAGCGUUCCUCACCCUCUCGAGGAACUUGAUAGUCGCUGCGUUGAUAUACGGCGUCAUCUAUGGCAUAGAACUCUUAGUGAGCGACCCAGGCGUCGCCGCCAAAGGCAAGCUGGGCAUUCCUGCCUUCCUCGACAAGACUGGCCCGACCGAGCUCAUCAAGACGACCAAAGCCGGAAUCCAGGUCAAGUUCGCCAGCUCCUCCAAAACCGUCACCAUCAACCCGCAUGCCAAUGUCUUCAACCGGCCCGUUACCGCCGUCAAGAUCAAGGACGACUACAUGGGACCGCGGCCUCACGUCGACACCGAGGCUGAUCUGCACAUGCUGGUCGAGGAGUGCAGAGGCACGUACGCAGGCAUUGAGAAGAUGAGGAACGUGUUCGACUGCUUGAAGUUCUUUGCGGACGGGGAAGACCGCUACUACAAGCUCCCCGAAAAGGCAGACCGCGCCAGCUCGCAGGACCCUCGCAAGGCUGAGUAUGUGGACGCAGACGGCCAUGGGAAUAGCCUCAGCAGCUACCUCUCUGUGGACGAUGCAGUAGUCGCCAACGGAUCCAAUAUUGGCACAUGCCCCGGCCCCAUCAUCCCUUAUCACGUUUACUGGACUGGACCUGCCACCUGGCGUGUCGAGGUGUUCAUCAAGAGCUAUCUAUACACCCAGAAUCUGGCCUGCUCGCGCCUGUGGCUAUGGCUCGACAGCGACCGUAAUCCCAGGGCUGUCGACGAAAUGCUGAACAAAGACGCGCUGUUCGCACGCUUCCUGCCUCUCGUUGAGCGUGGCGAUAUCGUCGUCAAAGCAUGGAAGUUCCCCUCCAGGAUUCCCCUCCCCAAGGACGAGGACGACAGAAAUGGUUUCGGCUAUUACAGCACACCCGGAAAGCCAAACUCCAAGGGCGAGAGAGCGGUUGCAGAGAAUAUUAUUGAGGACAAAACCGGGCAACAGUGGCUCGUGCUAACUCCGAAACAAAUGACGUUCCUGCCUGUCGCUGUGUCGGAUGCAGUGCGAUUCGUGGUCUUACACAUCCAUGGAGGGGCCUAUUUCGACAUGGACGUGCUAAUGCUCAGAGACAUGCGGCCGCUGCUACUGCCCAAGGAACACUCGUUUGCAGAACGCUGGGCCGCGCAUCCUCACCCAGGAGACUACAAUACGGCAAUCAUGUCGCUCACGGCCAACUCAUCACUAUCUUCCUACCUAUUGUAUGGCGGCAUCCGCAUGGGCUUAAAUUUCCACCCCCGAGUACUGGGUCGCAUGGCCUGGAAAGACAGCCGCGAUCAAGAAUUCCUCAUGCUGGAGACGGGCGCAUUCGAUCCCAUCUGGACAGAAUUCAACUGGGACCGGGAAGGGCGCUGCACGGUCCCGUGCCUGCGGGACUACGGCGCAGCCUUCAAGGGCAAGAAGGGAGCCAUCAAGGACGAAUGGGAGAGCUACGAUGGCCCGCAACUCGAGACAAUCGACCUCGGAGAGGCGCAACGGAAAGAGUUGCGGAUACGAGAACGUCGUACAGAAAUGGACUCAGCCGCUCCUGCACCCGCACCUUCUAGGCGCCUGAGGCGGAGUCGUGAGGACCUGGACAACGUGCCAACUUCGGCAGCCGCGCCAACUGGCAAAGUCGACCACGCAGACUCGUUCCAGGCCACGCUGGACGAAGAAGUGGAGCUGCGCAAGGCUGGCGUCGUUGCCGACUACGUGCUCUCUGAGGACAAGUUCCCGCCCAACAACCGCACGCUGGAGAACUUCUUCCGGGGCGCCUGGACAUACCACAUUCACAAUCAAUGGCUCAAGCAUCCCGAACCCUCGUCUUGGAUAUCCGUCCUUGAGCACGCGCACGACGGCUUCUUUGCGGGCUCGCGCACCAACCCGUAUGGCGAGAAAUGGACCGGCCCGGCUCUGAUGCCUUACAACUACUGGCCCGAGUUCGUCUGAACGCGUCGGCUUCACGCCACCACCACCCGCCCCCCUUCCCAUGCCUGAACCACAACAGGUCUUGUCGAAGGUCGCCGUGUCGCAAGGUC